AUGUGGUCGGCACAUGCAAUGGCGCAGUUAUGCCAUGUGCUAGUAGCUUUAGGUGCACGUGAUUGUCCGACAUGAAAGUAUCAUGCCGUUGUGAUGGCAGUUUCGUUUCCCCUAGCGCUCCAGGAGGAGUUACGAAGACGGGGAGAAGAAGUCGAACAAUGCGACGAUGAGAGUUCAGUGAAAGCAAUGAAUGAGAGGUUGGUGAUGAAACGAAUGACAUUGUAUAUGAAGGUGGGAGCACGAUUGCUGUUCAUUCAUUCAUCUGAAGAUUGGCUUCUUAUGCUCAUAAGCAUAGAAUCGGUCUUUUGCUCUUCUCCCUUUGCUGCAUACACCUACCCUCGCACUCUUCAGAUCGCAACACUAAAGCUAAGGAUGGUACCAAGUAGGGACUUGGUACACGAAGGAGGGCCGGGACACCGCGCCCUCCGACACCGCGUCUUGAAGAAGGUGCUCGCUUGCGAGGUGGUUUGGGUCCAGGCGGGCUCCCUGGCGUUGGCGAAGCUCGGAAAGCUGAGCGUCCAGGAGAUGGUGCAUUGGGUGAAAUGCGACCGGGUGCUAGUGCGUCUGUGGAACUACUACCACUUCAAGCACGACAAGAGGCCGGACGCGGAUUGGAGCGAGAGGUGCCCGUUCCUGAAAUCAAGGUCCGCAAUUUUCAGACAGUUUGAGAGUCGUGGUUUGGAUGCUGAGUUGUGGGACGGAAGCAGGAAAUACGUCAUUGACUCCUCGUUGUUCAAGGACUGCCCGCCCUACAUGGGCUGCGACGACGACAAAUCGAUCGAGGCGACAGAGAAGUCGGUCGGUCACAAGAAGCUAUCCGUCGACUGGAGCAAUAAGGUCCUGUCCGUGUUGACUGGCAGUAGACUGAAGAGUCACGAGAUCGCGCUCGCUGAAGGUAUUGUGCACAUAAAAUGGGAAGACACGGGCGACGUGACAUCCAUCGCGCCAUUCGGCAACGACCCCUUGGACGCAGACAUAAGAAGUGCGGAGGUGAAGGAGGCAGUGGCUGCCACAAAAAGUCACACGUUUGUCCUCGAUCUAUGCGAACCGGUGGACCUGAAGCUUUUUAAACCACAAACGUUCGACACUCUGGAUUCCCAACUUCAGACGUGGUGUCCAUCGCAUUGGAUGCUCGUCGUUUUCGUCCUGCGGGAGCAGAACCUCUCGUUUCUGGCUACCAUGAACCAUCUUUCUUUCGUGAAGCUGCUGGAAGGGAAGUGGGUGAGGAGGAGUCAACAGAAGAAAAGCUUCCCCGUCGGGAACAAUUUGUACAUGGGAGACGACCGGAUGUACAUACUCUUCAAAGGCGAUGAUUUGUGCGCUAACACGUCCACUGUCUACGAGGGGAAACUGUCGGCAGGCGCCGCUGCUGCAGUGCAGCUACCACAAAAGGUUACGCAAACGGAUGUGUCCGACAUCCCGUUCAACCCUUGCGACUGGUCGCAUACCUCUCCUGCACGUCGGGGCAGUGUGUACGGGGACAUGGAACGCAACCCCGCGCCAUUCGUUAAUCUUCUCGAAUCCGUCACCAAGAAGGGGGAGGGUGUUGUCUUCCUCGGGAAGCCACACGCGCGAUCUUUGUGGGAAGUACUGAAGGCAGGACGGCACGUCAUCGCGAUGGAAGGGAACUCCAAGCUCUUGCAAUUUACAAUUGAUCUCGUCAAAAGUGAGGUCAAUUCGGGUGCCCACAAUUGUGAGUUCAUGGUCGUCACCGAGACUCGGGCUCAUGCGUGGAACAACAAGAAGGAUAUGUGGUUCAAGUUGAGUGCGAGGAAGCAGAACAAGAUAUACGACUUUUUGUUCCUGCAAACGCGGCCGAAGAAAGACACUGACGUCGAGUACUUGCGCCGCAAGGACCACAUAUUCACGUUGCUCGACAACUACCACGACGCCUCCCGCAUGAACGCGAAGACCUUCCUCGAGAGGUUGCACUCCCUGUCCUUCGUGGAGUCAGAGGAGGAGUUGACGUUCGGCAGUUACUCCUCCUUGAUCUCCACGGAAGACGAGGUGACCACCUGCAUCGAGUUCGACGCGACCGCGGACGAGGAGGGCAGCGACACCGAAAGCCUCGACCUGCAGUACGACCCACAUCCCGCGCAGCACACUACCGGGUCGUCCUUGGCAGGUCCGUCAACAAGCCCGGCAUCCCUCGUGUCACCGAUGGUGAACCCGGCGCCUGGCACUACCCCGAUGAAGUUGCUGCAGAGACUGCAGGCUCUGGCCUCCGGCCAUCGCUCACUGCGUCCCAGGUCUGACAUCCUGCCCGAUCAUCUGUCUUGGAAGGAUGCCAACAUUCACUUCCUGCCUGAGCCUCAAAGUCGUUCCACGGAGGCGGACUGGGGCCAUGACAUGAUUUGGCAUCCAGGAGUCAUCCAGCCGGCGAUCCAAAAGGGUGGGGAGAACGAGGGCGACAAGGCUGGGGAUGGCAAAGGAGUCUCGCCUGGUUCGGAGGGCAGGUCUCACGGUGACACCACAACAGCGGAAGGCGGUGGCCGGGUGGCGGGGGAGGCCUUCGGGCGUCAGCAGUCUACUGGUCCUGGUUCGGAAGGCUCGGCACAGUCAGCGAACGUGCCCACUUCAUCCGCCGGCUCGGUGAUGGCGGCCUUGGUUGCUCUCCGUGCCGGCUCGGUCGAAACGUUCAAGUCCACCGGGAUCCGAACUUCAAUGCGUGCAGAGCGGACAAAGAGGACGGACGCGCAGAGCUGGUCAGGAGCGGGGGUGGCGAGUCGUGAUCCCAAAAUAGACAGCGGUGUGGUGAGGGAUGGGAAUGCGCCGCCUGCGGGCAGGGUUGUCACGCGGGGAUCCCCGGGGCCCAAGCCGGGCUAUACGGAGAACAUCGUGAGGAAGACGACGACGACGAUGACACGACACUGGAUAUGGAGACACAGGUGGUCACAAGCGUUUCGGCACCGGUUCAACGAAGCUCGUGUUGCAGUAAGCCUGACUAAACCGAGUGUACGCAUUGACGUCGAAGAAGUUAUCGACGGCAUCCUGGACGACCACCACAUGUCGGCGCAGCCGUCCUCGACGCCUGGUGUCGACGACCCUCUCCACAUCAAACCUUCCGCGGGAUCUGUCGUGGCUUUCUCGCCAACGAACUCUCCGAUGCUGCUGCCGACCAUCGCCAGCGAAGGAGAAGGCGAGAUCGGGGAACGACAAGAUGUCACGUCCCCGAAAAAAAUUGCCGCCGACACUCAAGCUCUCAACGUGUUCGCCUUGCCCGCGCCAACUUCACCGAUUAAGGAGCGGAGAGACAAACCAGCUGAUUGUCUUUGUUUCGAUAUCGCUAGUAUUUAUUCUGCCAUCGUUCUGAUUCGGCUUAUCAAACAAGUUAUUGUUGUUUGUCUAUAUCUCAUGGCUUAUGUACGUAUUCUGCACAGGACGACUGAGGCAUUGGAGGACUAUAUUUCAAGGCCCCCUCGAAAUGUGCACCAAAACGUCAUAGAACGUGGUUAUGUAGUUGAUCCUCUCGUUCGUCAUGUGCACAAAUCCUGCGUUCUCGACCUUUAUCUUGUCGAUGAGGAUCUACCUUUCAUGGUGACACUGUUUGAUUUUCAUCAUCCGUUGGCAGACAUGAUGAACAACACAAGACAGGGAUGUUCUCAUCCGCGUUUGCUUGACCAGUUGCACGCUUCAGCAAAGCGUCAGGCUCGUGGCAUAAUGCAUACAAGCACAAGAGAGCUGCAAGAAUACAUUGAUGACAAUGACAAGGAUCUGAAAGCCAAUGUUGGACAAAAAGGUAUUGUUGUGGAUUUUGUGUUGCGGCAGCGUGAAGAGCAGAGAAUGAUGGACAUCUUUCUUGCAAACAUAGACGAGGCUGGGGCCGUUGAAGCGGUGAACGCGGUGCUCACCACUGGGUAUGGCGAGACACGCAAUGAUAUAUUACCUCUACUAAGGAAAGGCACAGUCUAUGACUGUAGUGAACUAUAUGUGCCUCCUUUCCGUGGUGAGAUGCUAACGUUUAUUCGCACCACAACACAUAAGCGUUUUGGAAGUCCGACCAUCAUAUGCUUCAACAACAGUGUUCACAGUCUACAGCCUCAACGACAAUUAUUGCUAUCAUAAGAAGAGGAGCGAUCGAUGUCUGUCAACAAGGCUAAUGGGCGAACGGGAACCAAUGAUGCAACCAAAACCUUGGGGAUCUCUGACACGGGCACAUCUCAGAGUACAAGUGCUGGUGUGCCGCCUCUGCCAUCAACAACAUUGAAGGCUGGCGAUAUUAUGAAAACAGUAGCUAUUGAACAGUGUAUGAAAAUAGAAGCGAUGAAGUCCAACCAGGCUUUACAGCCACUGAUAAAAACAUUUGCAACUAUGGUCCAGAAGAAAACCUUUGCUGAGGAAUAUGCAACUACUUACAGCGCUGCAAUGAAACGGACAUUGGAUG